AUGGUGAAAUUUUAUAACAUAAAGGCGGAGAAUGGAGUAAGUGAUAAGUGUUUUAGUCAAUUUCUAUAUGCUUUUAAAGAGAUCCUGCCGAUGGAAAAUUGCUUUCCAGAGUCGACAUAUGAGGUGAAGAAAACUUUAAGUUCGAUAGGGUUGAAGUAUGAGAAGAUUCAUGCAUGUCCAAAUGAUUGCAUUUUAUAUCGUAAAGAGCAUGCCCACAUGGACACUUGUCCGGAAUGUGGUUUGCCACGGUACAAGCCGAACAAGAGUAAGGAUAUCCGAAAACUUAUUCCAGAGAAAGUCUUGUGGUACUUGCCUUUAAUUCCGCGACUGAAGCGGUUCUAUCGAAGUGCAGAAACUUCUGAAAACUUAUUAUGGCACGAGAAAAGGCGAGUGAAAGACGGUAAACUCCGACAUCCUACUGAUUCACAGGCUUGGAAAAAAGUAAAUUAUUUGAAUCCAGACUUCGCAGCUGAACCAAGACAUCUACGGCUUGGUCUAUCAGCCGAUGGAGUAAAUCCACAUAGAUCUCUUAGCAGCCGACAUAGUUCAUGGCCUGUGUUUCUUGUUAUGUACAACCUUCCUCCUUGGUUGGUGAUGAAAAGGAAAUUUACGAUGUUAUCGCUAAUGAUUUCAGGGCCUAAACAGCCAGGACAUGAUAUCGAUGUUUAUUUGGCACCAUUAGUUGAUGACUUGAAAGAGUUGUACGAAGAUGGUGUUGAUGCAUGCGAUGGUUUUAAGAAAGAAGUUUUUAAGUUGAAGGUUGUGCUGUUGUGGACUGUUAGUGAUUUCCCUGCGUAUAGUAAUCUAUCAGGGUUGAGCACAAAAGGCUAUGAAGAAAUAAAAAAACAAGCAUUUGACGGUACUGUAGAACGAGAAGUUGCACCUUUGCCACUUUCAGGGCGACAAAUUCUUGAAGAAGUUGAGAAAAUAGAUUUCAAGUAUGGAAAGGGCAAGAAAAAGAGAAACCCCAAUGGAUGUUUUCAAAGAAAAUCGAUUUUCUUCCGUCUUCCAUACUGGAAAGAUUUACUUGUUAGACAUUGUUUGGAUGUCAUGCACAUAGAAAAGAAUGUGUGUGAAAGCAUUGUCGGUACGUUACUUGACAUCCCUGGUAAAAGUAAAGAUGGUUUGUCUAGUCGUUUAGACCUUGUUGAGUUGGGUAUAAGACACAGUUUGGCACCUGUGGAUAAAGGCAAACGUACAUAUUUACCUCCUGCAGCUUUCACAUUGUCUAAAGAAGAGAAACAAGCCGUAUGCAACUCAUUUGCAAAGAUGAAAGUGCCUGAUGGGUAUUCAUCUAACGUUCGAAACUUAGUGUGUAUGGAAGAAUUAAAGUUAAUGGGUAUGAAAUCGCAUGAUUGUCACACGUUAAUGCAACAAUUACUUCCAAUUGCCAUUCGAUCAGUCUUACCUAAAAAAGUUCGACAAACUUUGACAAAGAGAAGCGAAGUUGUGUGGGCCAGUUUGGGCGAGAUGGAUGUAUCUAUUUCAACGAAAUAUGAAGGUAUUGAAAGGUUACGUGCGUAA